AGUACAUGUGAGUUUUCUCCUCUUUCAAGGGUCACUAUAAUAACUUUGAAAACACAAUUUCACUUUCCAUCAGUAGUUUUAGGAUCUAGUUGGCCGGAUGAUGCUCAUUUCUUCUUGUCUAUUUCUUCCCUUAUUGCAGCCACUUAAGUUGACGAUGUGAAUCUUUGAUCCUUUGAUUGGGUCACAAAUCAAUUAGAAUUGAAAGCCCUUUUCGUUUGGCUAUCUGUCUCCUGAGUCGUCAAUUUCUUUUUUAACUGGAUGCAAGGGAUUAAAUGACUUGUUUGUUUCCAAGAAUCCAUUUUGUGGGCACUUUUGGGACAACUUGAUAGUAAUUAUGCUAACAUAUCAUGCAUCAUCAGUAAAAAAAAAAACAAUGUCUCUAUCAAGGCAAUCAGGAGCUAUCAAGUUGGUUGUUUGCCAGAGAUUGGCCUCGCUGACUUUUUUAAUAUAGUAUGGUUAGGGGCAAAAAAAAUUCUUGCCGUCCCAGCUUGGGUAACUAUAUUAAAUCAAUAUGAUGUCUAUAAAAUAUGUCUGAACAGAAGGUUCAGGAGCUUGUCUUAUUUGAUUCUCUUUUGUGAAAGAAUAUGUUGCAGAAGCAUAAAAAUAUGUUACUUAUGGUGUGAUUUUUCUAUUAUGUCUAUGUCAGGGAGGAAAUAACUAAGGUAAUCAGUCAAAUUAACGGUAGAGACAGAGCCUCUUAGAUAUUCAUUAGAAGAAAAUCUAAUUUAUUUGGAUCAAUAGCUCCAAAACACAAUAACAUUUCAGCUUUUCCAUCAACCAUAAGUGACCCUCUGCAAAUAACUUUUUUAUUUUAGUUUGUAUGACAUAAAAUUCCAGAGCCUAAGCAUCCAAGCUCUUAGCCAUGGCAAUUUCUCUCUUCUCUCUGCCCUCCUUGCACGGUCACCAUAAGGCACAAACUUUGAUGUCAUAUGACAUGCAAGUUCUUUUUCUCUGUCUUUUCAUUUUUGCUAUAUAUGUCACAGCAGAGUCACCAGAAGGCACAAACUUUUCAUGCCCUGUGGAUUCCACUUCCCAUUGCGAAACUUAUGUUAGUUAUCUUGCUCAACCACCGAACUUUCUGAAUUUAGGAAAAAUAUCUGAUCUGUUUGCAGUCAGUCGCCAGCUAAUAGUAAGUGCUAGUAAUCUGGUGUCUGAGGACAACCCUUUAAUUCCUAACCAGCUCUUACUCGUACCUAUAACUUGUGGUUGUACAGGAAAUGGUUCUUUUGCCAACAUUACUUACCAGAUCAAGCAUGGUGAUAGCUACUACUCUGUUUCAACGAUGAAGUUUGAGAAUCUCACUAACUGGCAAUCAGUGGAACUUUUGAACCCAACUCUGGAACCAAACCUCUUGCAUUCUGGUGACGAAGUGACCUUUCCUCUGUUCUGUAAGUGCCCUUCAAAGACUCAUUUGAAGAAUGGAAUUCAAUAUCUUAUUACUUACGUGUGGCAACCUGAUGAUGAUAUCAUGACAGUGGCCGCUAAGCUUAAUGCAUCUCCAUAUGAUAUUGCUAUUGAAAACAACUAUCGGAACUAUAGCACUGCUGUGCAUCAUCCACUGCUGAUCCCUGUAACUCAGUUGCCAAUUCUCGCUCAGCCAUCACCAUCUCAACCUGAGAGAAGAAAACUUCAUUGGGUCAUCAUAAUAGUAACAAGCAUAGCUGCUGUCCUUAUGAUUUUCCUUUUUGUGUCUUUGCUGGUGAGUGCUCAUUAUUCAGCUAACAACAAGAAGAAGGCAACUUUGGAUCGCAAUGGUUCCUGUUUGGAGACCGCAGAUCUCCUUCAAACAAAAGAACUCAAGAAAUGCGGGAGUUUUGAGCCAAAGAUCAUACAAGAUAAGCUAUUUCCAGGGGUUUCAGGCUAUUUAGGUAAGCCAAUCAUGUAUGAGGUUAAAGAGAUUAUGGAGGCAACCGUGGAUCUUCAUGAACGCUACAGAGUAGGAGGUUCAGUUUAUAGAGCCAACAUCAAUGGACAGGUCCUAGCAGUAAAGAAAAUCAAGGAAGAUGUCAUGGAAGAACUAAAAAUCCUGCAAAAAGUGAAUCACUCAAAUCUAGUGAAAUUAAUGGGAAUUUCAUCUGAUACAGUUGGGGAUUGUUUCUUGGUCUAUGAAUAUGUAGAAAAUGGGUCGCUGGACAAGUGGCUGCAUCCCAAGUUUGCAUCAUCAUCAAGCUCAGUAGCUUUCCUCUCCUGGAGUCAAAGGUUACAAAUAGCACUAGAUGUGGCCAGUGGACUGCAAUACAUGCAUGAACAUAUUCAACCAAGCAUUGUUCACAUGGACAUAAGAACAAGUAAUAUUCUUCUGGACUCCAGAUUUAAGGCAAAGAUAGCAAAUUUUUCAGUGGCUAAACUUGCUACGGACUCUAUGCUGUCAAAAGCUGAUGUUUUUGCCUUUGGGGUUGUUCUAUUAGAGUUGCUUUCUGGAAAGAAAGCCAUGGUAACAAAAGAGAAUGGUGAGAUUGCCUUGUUAUGGAAGGAAAUGAAAGGCGUCUUGGAAGUUGCAGAGAAAAGAGUGGAGAUGUUAAAAAAGUGGAUGGAUCCAAACUUGGAGGGGUUUUACCCAAUUGAUGGUGCCCUGAGUUUAGCGAACUUGGCAAGUGCGUGCACGCUAGAGAAAUCUUCUGCAAGGCCAAGUAUGGCAGAAAUUGUAUUCAACCUCACAGUUCUCACUCAGUCAUCUCCAGAGACAUUAGAGAAAUCCUGGACUUCUGCACUAGACACAGAAGAGAUUCAAAUAACCAGUCCUGUCAUAGCUCGCUGAUUUAGUAUUCCAACUCUUCAAGUAAUGGAAUAGACUAUGUCGUGUAAAAAAAUUCAGUUUGCAAUUUUUAUUACGAUGAACCAUGGUAUUUGCUUUUCCAGUACAACUUUUUCCCUUUUAAUCAUAAAAGUUGUUUGUUCUGUAAUUUCUAA